AUGACUCUUACUAAUGAUACUCUUCCUGAUGAUGAACUGAGAAGUGGAACGACUAAUAAUACAAACGCAUCGAUAUCCGAAGAAGAAUUCUAUCGUCUCCAGGAACAGCUUCUAGAACUGCGGAAUCGCAACUACGAUUUAUUGGAGGAGAAUAGACGUCAACAAAAUUACAUCAGUAAUUUACCGUCCAAAGGCACGGAAGCAUUGCUGUUUGCCUCUAAGCUUGUUGGUCGAAAGAAGGACAAGGAUAACUCAAAUGAAAAGCUAGAAAGUGAAGUUCGUCUCCUGCAGCAUAAAUUAUCAUCGCAGGAGGAGGAGUUUCGGCUGCAACAAUCAACACUUCUUUCAGAACUGAAUAGGGUUGUGAAACAGUGUGAGAAUCUAGAAAUGAAAGCGAAAGAACACGGAGAUAAUGGUAGCAUUAGUGAAUUGCCAGGUACUCAUUUUAUCGAGAAUGUAUCGUCUGUAGAUGUGAAGAAGUUAAAUUUAAAUUAUAUAAUUUCAUUAUAG